AUCUUUUAUAAGUACUCAAUAGUUAUAUUUCUUUUUACAGUAAUUAUGUAGUUCAACAAUAUUAAAUUAUAAACUUUUUUUACAUUCUCUUUCAUAUUUUUAGAAGUUUCUGCUUAUAUCAAAAAAAAAUCAAUAUGUAGUAGGUAGUAAUUAGAAAGUAAGUAUUUAUGGAGUACCUAAAUCAACUUUUAAUUAAAUAGGUUGAUAUUCUAGUGUUACAUAAAUAUAUUCAAGUGAAUAUACAGCAGUGAAUUAUGGUUUUGAAAUCAGAAAUGGAUCCGCCUUGUAAACUACAGAAACAGUUUCAUGAGUAUCUGUUCGCGAAGAUGGGGCCAGGGGACCGAGGGCCGAAGACCACGGAGGACCGGGAGGCGCCGGUCGACCCCACCGGUGUCAAGAAGUGGUUUAUAGACAAUACCAUGCUGGUCGUCACUUUAAUUGGCGUGCUCACUGGCAUCGCUAUCGGUUUCGGCUUGCGCCCAUACAAUCUCGGUCCCGAUGCUUUAAUGAUUAUUUCAUACCCCGGCGAGCUCUUCAUGAGGCUACUGAAAUUGAUGAUCCUUCCUUUGAUCAUAGCGAGCCUGAUCGCUGGAUCUGCUAGCCUUAACGCCAAGAUGAGCGGGAAGAUUGCAGUCCGGACUCUACUCUAUUUUAUUCUUACGUCCAUGUUUAACGCCUUUCUGGGGAUACUCCUUGCAAUGAUGAUACAUCCUGGGCAGCCGGAACUGAGAGAGGACUUUGUUGUGGCCGUUGAAAACAAAAGAGAUCACAGUAUUCUUGACAGUCUUCUGGAUAUUGGUCGAAAUAUUUUCCCGGAUAACAUCGUGCAGGCCGCGUUCCAGCAGGCGCAUACCGUAUACGCGGAGCAGCCGUCGCUGUUUGCCAGGAACCUCACGGAUAAUGACACGGCGCCAGCUCUAGUCCGUGUCGUGUCGUACAGAUCAGGCACCAACACGCUCGGCCUCGUCUUCUUCUGUCUCGUGUUCGGGAGUUUGCUCGGCACACUCGGCCCCAAGGGCCAGGUUGUCAUCGACUUCUUCCAAGCUAUCUUCGAGGUUAUUAUGAAGAUGGUGACGGGCGUCAUGUGGUUCACGCCUGUAGGAGUCAGUAGCGUCAUCGCGGGAAAGAUUCUUGGUGUCAGCAAUGUUGCUCAAGUAAUGUCACAGCUGGCCUGGUUCAUCGCUACGGUAGCCGUUGGCGUGUUCCUGUAUCAGCUGAUCGUGAUGCAGCUCCUCUAUUUCGUAUUUCUACGGAAGAAUCCCUACAAGUUCUAUUGGGGCCUGUCUCACGCAAUGUUGACUGCUGCCGCUACUGCUUCGACAGCUGCAGCCCUCCCAGUUACGUUUCGUGCGAUGGAAGGCCCGCUCCGCAUCGACCCUCGCAUCACACGCUUCGUCCUGCCCAUCGGCUGCAACAUCAACAUGGACGGCACGGCUCUGUUCCUGGCCGCGGCCAGCGUCUUCGUCUGCCAGAUGAACAACUUGCAUCUAGGGUUCGCGCAGCUCGCUACCAUAUUCUUGACGUCGACAGCAGCAUCAGUGUCGUCUGCGUCAGUGCCGUCGGCCGCCAUGGUGCUACUGCUUGUGGUACUGGCGGCGGUGGACGCACCCGCGCACGACGUGUCGCUGCUGUUCGCCGUGGACUGGCUCGUUGACCGAAUACGCACCACGAACAACAUGCUGGGAGACUGCUACGCGGCCGCGGUGGUGGAGCACCUGUCCAAGAAGGAGCUGAUGGCCUGCGAUGCCGUGACCAUGGAACCAGUGGUCGCCAAUGGUCUCAUCCCAACACCAAACACUGAAGAUGAAAGAUUAGAUACACCAUCAGGGAAGAAAUCCAUAACGUCAGAUGACAUUAUCAUCGAUAUGCAUUUAUCCACCCAGGCAAGCAGCAGUCCUGUCAAACGAAUUUAGCUCUUGAAAUCACUAAACAGACUGCGUUUUGAAACCCUCUUUCUGAACAGACAAAUAUCAAAAUUGUCUGGAUUUUAGAAUUUAUUUUCAAUUGUUAAAUAUUUCCAUUCAGUGGUUCCAGUUAUUGUUACUUAAUUCGCGAUGCUAAGAAUGUUAAAAUUCUUUCAAUAAUAAUUUGUAAUUAUUUUCAUACUCUUUAACAAUUUUUCAUUUUAUCUUUAAUAAAUAAAUCAGGCCUGAAUAAUAUGAAAAACAGAAUAAAGAAGAGAGGCAAGGUGAUAGAAGAGCAAAAUUCGAAGUUCUUUCAGCCCGAUUCGAAGAAUGAUUAAGACACGUUUAAGAUCUUGGAAAGAUCUUUAAAAGAUCGAUAAUGAAACGACAUGUCAAAAUUGACGUUUAUUUCCGCUGUGAUCCCUCUAACGUCAAAGUGACAUUGGUUGCCCGAAUCGAGCUGCUUCUGUCAUUUAUACGACAUACAAACGAUAUCUAAAUGAGAACUUAUCUAAACCAAAACUUAUCGUUAUCGUAUCUCAUUACUCGAAUCGGGCCGUAUGUAUUGGUAUAUAGGUCGGUGCUUCAGAAGAAAAUUGUAUAUAAGUGGGUUAUAAAAUGGCUAGGUACAUAAUAAAGAGAUUAUAAAAUAUCUAUCCACUUAUGACGGCCAUAAAAAACCAAAAUCUUAGCAUCGCAAUUAAGUGUAGGUACUUAAAUAUGGUGAUUUUGUAUCCGAAGUUUUGACAUUGUUUCGACUUCAGUAUUAUCCCUGUUGAUAAGAUAACACGAGACCGCCACCAGCAUUGCGAAGUGUUCCCAUAUGGUCAUUGUGGUCUUAAACAAAUCCGCUAUAGAUGUAAAAAGGGAAUGUAGAACCUACUUUCUGCUGUUUUUCAAAUAUGAUCUGAUGUAGGUAAUAUAAGACUAAUAUGUCGUUGUUGUUGUUAUUGUUGGGAUUUCAUUAUAAUGAACGUACGUACCUAUGUACGGCUACCAACAGUUUGACACUGACAUAUUGCUAGUGCGAGCGAGAUGUACCUAUAGAAAGUAAGCUACACAGACAUUAGCGAAUAUGUUAAUUUGACACUCCUAAGGCAGUCGUGGUAAGGCUACUAAUACUAUACUAAUAGUAACUGUAGCAAGCUAUUAGCAGCUCACAGCCCGACGAAUGUGUUUUGUUUGAUUGUGGAAUCCGUCGCCGAAAACAUUCAGCAAGCGCUGUUGCGUCAAACCCAAACACCUUUGCCGACGUAAUUUUAGGGGCUUUUUGGUAAAUAGCUCGGCCUAUACCUACUGUAGUUCAGCAUCACAAACAACAACACAUAAGGGUUUGCAGCAAGGAUUAGGAAAUGUCCACCGUAAUGCUACCCAACUAGUACUACAAAUUGUAAUAUUGUUGAACACGUAAUUCAUACAAUACAAUAAAAAUCCUCUUUAAUGCACAACCUCAAAAUAAAUUUACAAGAAAACACAUAAUACACAAGGACAGAACUAAACUUAAGGCGGCCUUAUCGCUAAAGAGAGAUCUCUUCCAGACCACCGUUAGGUAGUGGAGAAAUGAAAAUCAAUAUUCAACAAAUUACCUAGGAGGUGCAAAAAACUAAUAAAAAAUACUAAAUAGCAGUAUAGUACAUUACGAUACAAGUGCGAAAAAUAGGAAAUUCGAAACGAGUGGCGAUAAAUUAAAACACGACCGAAGGGAGUGUUUUAAAUCGACACGAGUUGCGAAUUACCUAUUCGCACAUGUAUCGUACAACGUUUUACAGUACAUAUGGCCCUUUAAAUGUUCGACACAGUAACAUAAUAUGCUACUUCUCGCACUAGUGCUAUAAAGUAGCCCCAUAUGUACUGUAAAAUACUUUUUUAAUAUAGUUGCUCAAAAAGUGAUACUGUACGUAGUUGUUUAGCGUUCAUGACUACUUAAUACUUAUUGAUGAGUGUUAGUUUCCUUUAAAAGUCGUAAUGAUCAUAAAAACCAAUAUACAUAUUUUUUAUCUUAUUACUUACCUCUUCAUCAUUUUAAUACGUUUACUUUUUAAUAUUGAAUAUUGAAAAACCGUUGUUAAUAAUAAUAAGUUGUCUGAAUGGAACAGAAUAGCUGCCGAAACGCUUGUCAAUGAGGCGUUUUUUUUCUUACUGCAAGCAUGUUCUAAGUUUCCAAAGGCAACAUUCGAUAUUGUUUUUAUACAAUUCAAGUAUACGAUACACAAAUAAUUGUAAAUAACGAUUACCUCAGGUAAUAAUAGGACAACGUUUUAUAUAUGCAAUUGUUUCUGUCAUAUAGAAUAUUCAUAAAAACAUUACUUGUUUUUCUUAUUUUUUCGCAAUUGUAUUAAUAAACGUCGUUCGAUACACGUGCGGAAAUGUCAUUUUUCACUCUUAUCGAGUCUUAUAUCUCGGUACUCGUGAAGUAAUGAAAUGACAUACUUUCCGCACUAGCAUCGAAAUGUACUAUUAAAAAUUACUUGGUUCUACAUAAAUAUGAUAAUACAUAGGUAUACAUAUAAAAUACUACUUACACAUAGAACAUAGAUAUAUACAUAUACAGACAUACAUCCAUUACUAUAAAUUGUUGCCAAAAGUGGUAACCAGUAACGUAAACAGAAACACUAAGGAAGGACAAAUAAUAAUCGUUUCACGCCACUGUUCGGAAAUGUGGCAAUAGAUAUGGUCUAAAACCAAGCUGGAUAGUAGGCAAUAGCUGUAGCACCUGAACCACCACUAACUACAAUGUUUCAUUGUUAUCAUCAUCUGUCAUUGGUGAUCAUUGUUAUUAUCGCCUGUUAUUGGUACUUAAUGGUAAAAGGUCUUUUUUUGGCGCAACUUUUUCCUUCAAUAAUAAAAUUAGGUUAUUUAUACGACCAAUUACUUGUUUAAAAAACAAGAAACGUCAAAACCAUUCAGUUCACGCUUAAUGCAUUUUUACUUUUGUAGCUGUUUGUGAUUUUUUUUUAACAAAAACGCUUCUAAGUUUAGAGUCGGUUUGAAGCAAACAAAAGAAAAACGCUUCUUAAAAGUGAUAAAAAAGUAAUAAAGGCGGGAUUAGAAAAUACUGCUUAUGCAAAUAUUUUCGUAUUUCCUCGCAGUAGUCGUGAAAAGUACUAUGUAAUGCCUCGGCCGGAAACGCUAAAGAUGGACUCGUAUUAUUUGAGGGCCGACACGUUAGUGGACUCACUCGCCCAUCUUUAGGCGGUUUCCCGGCCUCUCCUACAAUGUACUAUUAAGAUGGGAUUUCAAAAUAGCAAGAGAUUGAGCGCGUCUUAAUUCGACAGGAAAAGAGUUCCACAACCGAACAGCCCGAAAUGCAAUUAUUCGGUCGAGAAGUAGUUAAGUAUAGGUACCAACGAUCAAUUUGAUCUUGUGUGUUUUUUCUUCGAUUUACAUAUAAAAAUUUGUUGCCUUGGCACUACAAAUUUCAAAUGAAAGUCACACCUGAACAAAAAUAUUUGAGCCAUAGUUGAGAGUUUUAUGCCCGGUUCACAUAUAUUCCAAUGGCAUUCCAGUCCAGUAAUCGAAUCCAGCGCUGGAAUGCUGCUGGAAUCAUGUGAAUCGGCACUGGAAUAUAAUAAUUCUAGUACUGUGACUGUAGACCGCCAAUCCAGUGCUGGAUUAAACGUUAAAACGUACUGUUUUUGGGUAAGUCUCCAUAAAUUCACUGGAUGAUGACUGGAAUUAAUGUAAACGAUUCGAUCCAGUUCAGUGUUGGAUUCGAUUACUGGACUGGAAUGCUACUGGAAUAGAUGUGAACGGUGGCAUUACUGGCGAUUUGUAGUGUUUAGUUUUAAAAUAUAUUGUUAUAAUAUGUAUGUUAUUAGUUUCAAAGUAUUCAUUAUACUCAUUCAUUGCUCUAUGUAUGAGCCACUAGUUGCCUGAAAUAAAGAUUUUCAUUCCAUUUCAUUAGUCAACGGUUGGGUAGUUUUACGAUACUCAUAUGUACUUACUACCCACUUAAUUAGGUAGCUGCAACGUAAAAAUUCGACAAUAAUUUAAUGUUUGAAUUCCAAAAGUUGUCAUUGGGUGUACGUACAUACAUAUCUAGAUACCCAUAAUCAGUUUUUUUUUGAAAAUACGACAUUCAUCUUUUUACAACUUAACGGAUAAAUCACGCCUUAGGUCCUAGUGUUAGUACAUAAUUGAUAUUAACUAUUAGAUUGUUAUAUUCAUACUGAAUGCAUGUGAGUGAAAAAGGUAAUUAAUACGGGUGCAAAAUAUGUAACAAAUGAAUAUAGCGCGCACAUUGCGAAAUCUUUAAAACACAAUGUGCUUCGUAGAUAUGAACGAAUUAUGUCAAUAAAGUUUUUGAUUGUUAUAGGGAACGUGUGACUGAUAGAACCGUCAGAUAUUACUUGCUUGCAAGAAAGAUUAGUCUUAAAGAGAAGGACAUGGUAGUAAAUAAGGAAAUUUUCACGUCAAUCGGAAAAGUCUCUAAGAUAGUUCCAGAUUACGAAACUUUGUAAAUGACAAUAGGGUUGGCCGGUCGAAGUAUAUCUCUUAUGGGAGGUUUGGGAGAACUGUUGCUAAAGUGUCCUGCUGGCAGCUGUAAAUAAUAGUUUCUAAAUGUCUUCAGUGGCGUUAGGGUAGCACAAGGACAUGAUAUAGACGUUAUUGACGGGGUGAAGUGCGCUGUCAGUGAUUUUUUUUAUUUAUUAUCAAAGUCAACAAUUUGUUCGCGAUGUAUUGUGGCACCACCUAUUUAAGGUUUUUUUUUAAUGGACACUUUUCAUAUACUUACAUACAUUGUUCUCCCUUACCUCUACAAUCCAUAAUUCCUAAAUAAGGUGUGUCGAAUUCUUAUUUUUUUGGACUUUGAUGGUUUAUGUCAAAUCUCAUAGAACAAAACUAGACACAGGAAAAACCUAUGCUGGCGCCAUCUAUGCAAUUGCAUCGCCAUCUUUGACAGUUACAACUCCAUUGUACCUCCUGACGCAACGAAUGAUAUAUCAUUAUAGGGAGUAUCAUCCCUAUGACAGUUCCUCCAUAUCGCUUUUGGAUAGAAAUUUAAGAAAUAUGUUUCUACCGUAUUUUUAUUACUGUUUCUUGUUACAUUUUUAAAUAAAAAAAUUGAAAUUUUGAGUUACUCCAUACAAAAAUUACGUGUCAUAGGGAUCAUCAUUCGACGCGCUAGGUAUGUAAUCAAAAGAAAAGACGGAGAAAUGUAAUCAAUCAAAGUGAACUACCCCCAUAUUAACCAAAUCAUACUGAUCUACGCGACCCCAUAAUCGAUUUGAUACUUAAAAGUGUAGUGAUAUAGGCAUUUCUAGGUAUAAGUCCUAAGCAGGUGUUUUACUAUUAGCAAGUAGGAUUGUUCACAAUAAUGCAAUUAUUGUAAUGGCCUUAGACAAAAUAAUCAUCUUUUUAUGUAGGUACUUAUUGUAUUAUUUCCAUUUGUCAUCUUUUGAAUUAUCAUUGUUGGAGCUCCGCACAAAACUGUUCGCGGAGCUCUUAUUUUAUUAGGUAUACGUUGUAAUCAAACUACAUGGAAAAUACAUUAGAAUCACGUUUUGAUAAAUAUGUAUUCAGUUCUUAACUAAUCAUUGUUAGUAUAUCAAUGUCCAACUGUGAUAUAUCGUUACUUUGUAAUUUGACAUUAAUUUCAUUAACAAAUAAUGCAUUGAUAAAUAAAAUAAAAAUUAAAUUUUCAA